CACCGACGUUUUCGUAAAUCGUUGUUUUGUUUUUGCUUUUGUUUGAAUUCUGUACAGAAAAAUGGAGCUGUCUUCUGUUGGCGAGCGAAUAUAUGCUGCAGAAUGUGUUCAGAAAAAAAGGAUACGUCGAGGUCGUGUCGAAUAUUUGGUAAAAUGGAAAGGUUGGAGCACCAGAUACAAUACUUGGGAACCUGAAGAAAAUAUUUUAGAUGUUCGUCUGCUAGAAGCUUUUGAAGCAAGCCAAGCUCGAGAUCAUGCUACUCCUCGUAAACGGGGUAAAAGACAGAGUCAAGAAGCCCAACAUUAUGUUAGUCCAAUUCAAAAUGACAAUCGCACUUUGGCUGGUGAGAAAUCCCCUGCAAAACAGGAUGUUUUAGAUAAACAAAACCACAGUAAUUGGCUACCUGAAAACGUAAAUGAAGAAAGUGCAUCUGCUGAUAGCCCUUUAGCAUCUGCCUCUUCAGGAAGUUCUGAACCUCCAUUGAAGGUUCGAAAGCUCAAUAACAUUUCAGCUGAUUGUACAUGGGCAAAUAGCCCUGCUCCAUCAUCUCCCAGCAGUGCAGAAUGGCAGAUUCCUGCUUCUAAUUCCUCAUCUGCAUCAGAAUAUGUUGGGGAUGGUGAGGUCCCUGAGAAUAGCACUGCAAGUAUUCAACAAGACAAUCCACGCCCUAGUUCUGCAUCCUCCAGUUGCAGCCUUUCCCAAGCUAGUUUUCCGGAAGAUGAAAAAGAGAAGUCUGCAGAGCCUGAGGCCAAAAUUGCUGAAAUAACCGAAGACAAUGAAUCAUCCAUCAGCCACUGUGACGAUAAAUCUGAAAAUGAGUUGUCCGAGCAGUUGCCGCAGAAUGAAAAUUUAGAUGAUUCCAGUAAUGCUGUGACUGGUGAAGUUUCUAAUGGAUCUGUGGCAGCUUUGAGUGACAACGCUGGGGAUGAAGCUCCAGAAAGCUCACAAAGUUCCCUUUCAGAUGAUUUCUGGAAAAAACAAAAUCCUGUUGUUGAUCAUGUUUUGAUUACGGAUGUAACUACCAAUCUUUUGACUGUAACUGUUAGGGAAUGUGACACAAGUAGUGGAUUUUUUAAGGACAGACCAAACCCUGAGAAUGGUGUUGAUUCUCCAAAAUCAAAUGAAGGUCACACUUUGUGAAUUCUUAUUUUGAUUAAAAUUUCUGCAUUUAAAACAUAUUAACAUAGAAGGGAAGCAUAUAUUUGAAACGUCUUUUAUUAUUUUAAGCAUUUGUUUCAUGUAGGUAAAGGUUUUAUUUGUUAACGAAUAUAUAUAUGCAUGUAUAUUCAAUGUUAUCUUUCUUAUUUGACUUAAAUCUGAAUGUAUGUUAUAUAUAAGUUAUACACUGGUUUACUUUUUAUAAUUGAUAUUUUUAUCAUUACUGAAUUUUAUGUGUAACAGUAUAUAAUUUUUUAAUUUCAAGCCUUUUAAAAAAAUCUUUUUUGCUGGGAAGACAUUUAAAAAAACUAGAUGUUUUUUAUUAGAAAUUCUACAAAUAAUGUUUAAAAUAUUGUUUGCUCAAUAUUAAAUUAUAUUAUUUCAGUUAAUAAAAGCUAACAAUCCAUGCUACAUUAUAUACAUUAAAAUCAGGUUGGGCAGGAAAUUAUUUCCUUUAUGAGAAAGUAGAGGCUCUCUCUUUAUAUCCACAAUAAACAGUGACAACUGAAUAUGACAGUACAUAGAAGUCUGUGAGUGACUUCUUCAUUUUCCUAAUGCUAUAUAAAAAUAAAUUUCAUGAUAUUAAACUUCUAUUUUGUAUACAGUGUUUCGUUGCAUGUAAUAAUACUGUUGGCAGGAAUCGAAAUUUUAUUCAGUUAUAUAAAAUAUUUUUACAUGCCUUUCUUUAAUAUGUGUAUAUAUAUAUAUAUAAUAAAUGUGAAUACAGUUCAAUUUUACUUAGAAAAUUUCUAAGUAAAUUAGAAAACUAGUGCCUUAUGCUAAUAUAUUUUGAGUUUCACCUACAAUUUUUGUAAAUGUUUUACUUAGAGUAUGCUAAUACAAGAGUUUUUAAAGCUUUUUAUUAAUAAUAAUAAUAAUAACUGCCUUUGGUGAGCAGUUGGUUCACUGAGAAUAAUAAUUUAAAUCUCUUAUGCAUAUUUUGAAUGUCCAUGAGAACAACAUAUUUUUAACGCAUUACAUUACGAUGGACAGUAAAUCAUGUUAUUUGAAUGGCCUUACCUCAGCUUUUUUAUUGUGUAUAUGAAUCUCCCUUGGCCAUGUUCAGUGAUAUCUCAAUACCAAUGAAAGCAUUUACUGUCUGUUUAAUAUAUCUUCAAAAUGCACUUCAUCUUUCAUGGUGCUGUCAUUUCUCCUUCACAUUCCUCAUUUGAAGUGUGUAGAUGACUAACAGAAUCUUUCCUUAGUUUUUGACUAUGAAAUACAAUCGGGGUCUAAAUAUGUGAUGAAAUUAUGAAAAUGAUUUGAAUCUCAUUGAAACAAUGAAAAAUAUUGAAAAUUAUGCAAAAAAAAUUUGUUUAUAGUUGUCAAAACACACUAAAAAAAAUUGCACAACAACUAAAUUGUUGUCAUUAACAAGACAAUUCUUAUAAUUUUAAAAUUAUGUAAAUAUAAUUUUUAGUAACAUAUUUGUUUUGGAAAUUAUUAUGAAGAAUUGCAAAUAUUUUGCUGAAUUUUUGAUUAAAUCAAAUUUUUAAAGAAAAAAAUCACACUCAAGUGCUCAUUUUUACUAUCCAAAGUGUAUUUAAGUGAUUUUGAUACAGAUAGUUUGUUCUGUGUACCACCAUUGGGCGCACACAUUUUCUCUUAUUGUUAGUAUUCAUUUAAGACAUGAUCUUCAUAUUCAGAAUAAUUUUUCUUGAUAAAAAGAUAAGCCUAAAGAUUUCCUUGUACUGUCUACUUAUGUUAUCAUUGAUUAUAGAUACAUUAAAAUAUAAUGAAUUUUUUUAAAACACUUUUAAAAACACUUUCUUGCUGGCAUUGUUAUGUAACUGAGAAAUAUUUUUGUGCUUAAUCAGGCAACUAAACUAGAUUUGGAUAUUAUUUAUGAAAAGUGCAUUUAAGUAAUUGACUUCAUAUAAUAAUUAAAAUGUGUUAAUUAAUCACAUUAGAUUAGUUAUGGUAUCUUUGUUAAAGUAACAAAUCUGUAACAUAUGUUUUUUUUUUUUAAUUUUAUCUUUUAUUUUGUUGUUGUCUUUCAGAAAAUGUGGUAAGGAAAACAUUUUCAUAAAUUAUAUUUAUUGGUAUGUAAAAUUAUUUGAAUGUUUACGGGAAGUUGCUAUUAUUUAGAAUAUUUUAAUUCAGUUUUAUUUAUUGUAUAUAUAUAUCAUUUUUAAUUACUUAUUGUCUUAUCCAGCAAAGUAGACUUAAAAUAUUUUGAGUCAAAUUGUGAAAUUAUAAAUUUGAUUAUAAGUUGAUUAGAUAAGUUUUUGGUUAUAGUUUUUUUACUACAUCAUAUUCAGUGUGCCCUAAAUCUUAUUUAUGUUAAAGUAGAUCAUAUUAAUGCUAAGUUGAUAUGAUUUGAAUGCUUUUAAUUUAUAUGCAUUUAUUUCAUAUAUAAAUUUAAUUAAUAAUUUCUUAAUUUUGAAGGGGAGUUAAUUUUUUUAUUAGAGAAAUAAUUUGAAUUGUGCUAUUAAAGUAUAUAAUUUAUUAAGAAGAGAAAAAAAGAUUACAGUCUAUUUUCUCUUGUCUCUGAAUGUACAUGUUUGCUAUUCAGCUGGUACCUGACAUAAAAGAAAUCAUUUUGUGCAUUUCAGUCGAUUAAUAAGCCGACAAUCUAAAUAGUUGAUAAAAUUUUGUGUUUUUGUAUGUAAUGAGUAUGUUAAAUAUAUUUUUAAUCAAAAAAUUUAAAAUAUUUUCUAUGCUGGUAUAAAAAUAUACCAAGAAACUAUUUCUGUUGCAAAGUAUUGAUUGAUUGUUUUUUUCAUCCUUGAAGCUUUGCUAGGGGUGGAAAAUUAUAAUAAUGCAUUUAAAUUUUCUAUUUUGAAAAUAUCCCAGAGAAAGUUUUUUUUCUAUGAAAUCCUUAAAAUAUGAUUUUCUUUAUUUUGCCAUAACUUUCUGUAUUUAAUCAUAUGUAAUCAAAUUCAUUUACCAGUCCUAAGUUUUAUUAAUGUAUAAUUGUAUUUACAAUAUAAAAUAUAUAUUUGAAUUUCUGUAUGUAGAAUCUCUAAUUCAUAGUUGGAUAUUUUAAAUGUCAUUUUUCAAAUCAUUUCAAUAUAUUAGUUUUUUAGUACAAUCUGAAGACAAUUAUCUGUACUUUUAACUGUAAAUAAGCCUUAUACAGACCAUUUAUGCAAUAAUGAAA